CGAUUAUUUUGCCACUGCCAAUUUUCAAACUAAAGUCUUUUACUGGGAUUUUUAACCGAUACGUUACAGUUUCUGGCCCAACCUGGGAACAAAAUAUGGGUUUAAUUCCCGGUUUGUUUGAUUAACAUACUAUUAUUUAAACAAAAUUGAUUCCAGAGCAUGCUUGGUGGGCUACAGUGCAUAUUACACGAAGAUUAUGCAAGAAGUAUUCACUCAUAUAGAAAGAGACUAUAGAUGGUGUAAUAUGAAAGUGAAUAACAGAGGUCAAAGGGUCGAUGAACUAUUGUACAAAUGGCACGCAACAGGCACCGUCAAUUAUACCAACAGCUUUGUUGUAUCCAUUGAGAAAAUUGAUCUUACCAAUAUAGUACCCAUAUUUGGUACAACUACAGUCAAUGGAACACAAACAACUGUUCAAAACAUACGAGGCCAGGUCAAUUUAAGGGAGCUCACUCUUGGUUUCGACGUUACUGCCAAUCUAGACGACUCUGGAACGCACCGUUUUACUGGAGAAUAUUCUCAUCUUCUGGUCUCCUUUGUGACAUUGAUCUCAUGGAAUUCCAAUACCAACGAGCUGACAACAACAGCGAAUGCUGUGACAACGACGUCUAAUAACCGUCGUAUGGUUUAUAAACCAGCCAACAACAUAACAGAAAUGCUUUCUAGAGGAUUCCACUCUCGUGAUAAUGAUGACAGCUUUGUCAGAUGGGCGCGUGACAUCAUCGCACCACUUAUGCAAGAAGUUGCAGCGCCAUUGAAGUUCCCAACUGUACGCUUUGACGGAAGAUGUUAAUAAAACUUAACGCUAUUCUAAUAAAAUAUUUAAUAAUAUAUACUUAUUGCACAUU